AUGCUGAAAGCAAAAUGUCCAUUAAAUAUGGAAAAGGAUCACGAUCCAUUGAAUUAUUUCAGGCCAGGAGACCACCUUAUUGGUGGAGUCAUAAAUCAAGGACGAGUUCAUAUUAACCCACCUGACUUUUCCCAGGGCCCCAGAAACCAUGUUAUGAGUUUAACAUCAGAGAACCCCUGUCCCACUCUGUCCCCCUUAUUUGCCAUCCAAGAGAUCAACCAGAAUCCUAAGCUUUUACCCAAUGCCACCCUGGGCUACAGCAUCUAUGAGGCCGCUUUUGAUGUCGGAACAACAGCUGAUGCUCUACUAGACAGCAUUUCAAGCCACAGCUGUGGAAGACAGAGUAAUGUUAUGGCAGUUUUUGAAGCAGCUACUUCUGAAAUUGCCAGCCAGAUUUCAAGCAUGUUGGGCAUCUACAAAAUGCCCCAGAUCAGUUUUGGCUCUGCUGCUCAGGAUCUGAAUGAGAAAACCCAUUUCCCUUUUGUCUACCGGAUGGUCCCCAAAGAAGAAACCCAGUACAUGGGGAUUGUCAAGUUGCUGCUCCAUUUUAGGUGGACAUGGGUUGGUCUCUUUGUUCCAGACAAUGACAAUGGAGAAAAGUUCCUGAGUGUUUUCACACCUCUGCUGAUUCGCAGUGGGAUUUGUGUGGCUUUCUUGGAAAAAAUCCCUUUUUUCAUUAUGGAGAUGUCAUCCUUACAUUGUAAACCUUCUGUCCUGAAACAAGUCAAGGUGUUCAUUUACUAUGGGGACUCUGAAUAUGGAGUUUAUGUGAUCAUCUACUUACAGAACAUUCAUGAAUUGAGGAAAUCUCAGGGGAUAGUCUGGAUCACAACAGACAUUCCGAGUGUUGAUGAGAGGUUGUUUGGUGAUGUGGCUUCCUUCCAGCCUGCCCAUGGUUCUCUAUCCUUUAUAAUGAAUACCAAGAAAAGGACAGAACAUGGCUACAAUACUCGACUGUCUUCUGAAUCUAAAGUUAUAGUUGCACAGCUUCACACUUUCUUAAAAGAAAUCCAGCUUUCCAAUUCAUCCAUAGGAGGGAUGUAUUUUGAUAAGAAUGGGGAGCUGACUGCCAACUUUGAUAUCAUGAACUCAGUCGUGUUUCGCAAUGGCUCUAACAGCAGAAUGAAAGUUGGGAGCAUCAAGAAACACCCCUCCUCUGACAUAAAAUUAACCAUUAAUCCAGAAGCCAUUUUGUGGCCUGGGAAAUUCAGCAAGGUCGUGCCUCGUUCAAGAUGCACCGAAAGCUGUCGCCCUGGAUAUGCCAGAGUGGCUAAGGAAGGAGAGCCCGUUUGCUGCUAUGAUUGUGCUCCUUGUGCGGAAGGGACCAUCUCCAUUCAGGAAGAUGCAAAGCAUUGCACCAAAUGCCCAGAAGAUCAGCAUGCAAAUCAAGCAAGAGACAAAUGUGUCCCCAAGAUUAUAACAUUUCUCACUUAUGAAGAACCCUUGGGGAUUGUCCUGGUUUCCUUUGCUCUCUUCUUGUGCUUAAUCACUGGUGUUGUCCUAGGAAUCUUCGUUAAAGACAUGGAAACUCCCAUAGUCAAAGCUAACAAUCGAGACUUAUCCUAUAUCCUCCUCAGCUCCCUCCUGCUUUCCUUUUUGUCCUCCUUCCUAUUCAUCGGCCGGCCAAGCAAAGUGACCUGCCUCCUCCGACAAACAGCCUUCAGCAUCAUCUUCUCGGUUGCCGUCUCUUCUGUUUUGGCAAAAACCAUCACUGUGGUGCUGGCCUUCUUGGCCACAAAGCCAGGGAACAAGGUGAGGAGAUGGCUGGGGAAGAGUCUAGCCAACUCCAUUGUCCUUUCCUGUUCCAGUAUGCAGGUUGUCAUCUGCACCAUCUGGCUUGGAUUCUCCCCACCCUUCCCAGACUCCGACAUGCACUCCCAAGCUGCAGAGAUCAUCCUUCUAUGCAAUGAAGGAUCUGUUGCCAUGUUCUACACUGUCCUUGGCUACAUGGGUUUCCUGGCUGCCAUCUGCUUCACGGUGGCUUUCCUAGCGAGGAAGCUGCCUGGGGCCUUCAAUGAAGCCAAGCUGAUCACCUUCAGCAUGCUGGUCUUCUGCAGUGUUUGGGUGUCCUUUGUGCCCACCUACCUAAGCACAAAAGGGAAGUUCAUGGUAGCUGUGCAGGUCUUCUCUAUGUUGGCCUCCAGUACUGGGCUUCUGGGCUGCAUCUUCCUACCGAAGUGCUACAUUAUCAUACUCAGGCCUGAUCUGAACACAAAGGAACAUCUAACUACAAAAAGUGAAGGUGGUGGUGUCUGA